CUCAAAAAUCCCUCAAACCCCACCCCCAAUGGCGGGCUCUUCCUCCUCCCCACUUCGAAACCCCAAACCCUAGCCUCACCCUCCAAAAUCCCCGCAACCCGGCGACCCCCUCCCCCUCCACCGCAAGCCCCAAUCCCUCGCUGAUGCGGCCGCCGGCGCCGAAGCAGCCGAAGCCGGCGCUGCCGAUGCCGAAGCAACUCAAGGUGGAGCACCCGGAGAACGAGGCAUUGUCCCGCUACUUUCUGGAGAAGUGGCGGAGGUUGAUGCAGGAACCGGACGGACUCUCGGAGAACAACUACCUCGCGAUCGCCAGGGCCAAUCGAAGCCUAUGCGCCGCCAAGGACCCCAUUCGAACCCUCAGGGACUUCUCGAAGAUCAAGGGUGUGGGGCAAUGGAUCAUAAGGCUUAUGGAAGGGUUCUUUGCAAACUCCAGUCAGGACUUAUCUUCCGUAAAAGGAAAGAAAACAAGAGGACCAAAAUGUUAUUUGCCAAGGAAGAACACUGCUGCUUACGCAAUACUGAUCACACUCCAUAGGGAAAAGAUGGGAGGGAAAGAAUUUAUGAUGAAACAAGAGCUCAUCGAUGCUGCCGAAGCCAGUGGUCUGUCGCAAGACGCGAUUGGUCCAAAUAAAAGUAAAGCAAAACAGAGUUUUGGGAAGGACUGGUACACUGGCUGGAGCUGCAUGAAGACAUUGCUCUCUAAAGGACUUGUCAUCAAGAGGCGUAGCCCAGCAGAGUACUUGUUAACUAAAGAAGGGGAAAGCACUGCUCGUGAUUGCCUUUCACGGUCUGGAUUAGAUGAUUCUGCAGGACCUUUACUGAUAAACAGUUCUCACAGUGCAUCUGCUGCAAGUCAAAUUCAAACUACUAAUUACUGUGCUGAAGGAAGCAUUUGCUGUGAUUCAGAUUCAGAUUCAGAUUCAGAAGAAUCUUAUAGAAAAAAUUCAGAAGAACCUUGUAGAAAAGACAGUCUUCUUAAAGGCAAUGGACCAACUACUGAUUGUGGAUGGCCAGAUUACUCAGCUUCUAUUUCUCCUCUUCCAUCCCAACAAAUAUUCAACCUGCAAUCUUCUAGUACAAUGGUAUUGGGUGCUGAAUUCAAUAUGCUAGACAAGGGUACUGCAUUCACAGACGACCCUAUACUAGCUAUGCCACCUCGUCAAUCCAAUGAAAAAUUUCUUGAAGCUUAUGAAGUUGUGUUCAUAUUGGAUAAUCGUGAAAAAUUCGGGUCUCGUUCAAAAAUUGCUGAUAUCAUUCGAUCACAGAUCCACGUACCUGUCGAGGUUAGAAAGUUACCUGUGGGAGAUGGUAUUUGGAUUGCUCGUCAUAGAAAGGAUCGCACGGAGUAUGUUCUUGAUUUCAUUGUUGAAAGGAAAGAGAUUUCGGAUUUUGAUGGCUCAAUUGAAGACAACAGAUACAGAGAUCAGAAAUUAAGGCUGAAGAGAUGCGGGUUAAGGAAGAUGAUAUAUCUUGUCGAAGGUGAUCCAAACAGUCCAAAUGCAACAAAGAGGAUUAAAACAGCCUGUUUCACUACUGAGAUUCUUGACGGAUUUGAUGUUCAGAGAACCAGUGGGUAUGCUGAUACUCAGAGGAGAUAUGGCCAUCUUACACGUUCGAUAAUGGAAUACUAUGAUGCAAACUUCUCAAUUCAUGCUAAAACUUCUCCUGUUUGCCCAACCUAUGAUGAAUUUGAGAGGAAGUGCUGUGAUCUUAAGAAGACAACAGUGAGCCAAAUAUUUGCCCUUCAACUUAUGCAGGUGCCACAAGUAACAGAAGAAGCUGCACUAGCUGUUAUAGAGCACUAUCCAACUCCCUUCUUACUGGCACAGGCAUACUACAUACUUGACGGUGAUACCCCUACCCAAGAGGCGAUGUUGAAAAACAAGAGCGAGGUGGUGGAUGCAGGAGCAAGCCGAAGCAUCUUCGAGCUUUUCUGUGGCGGUGGACGAAAUAUUCAGAAAUAGUUUCAGACUGGCGUAACUGGCUUUUGUAUCACCGUCUUGGUGAUUGGUUUUCCAUCUUUUGUGUAUAGCUCACUAGCUCCCUUAGCUAUUUACCUGCUGCAUGGCUUUCAUGUUCUGAAGCAAAUGGUGCCAUCGAACACUGAGUUUCAGAGUAUGUAAUGUAGUCAGUCGCUACUAAGAAAAGUCUUAGCUUAGUUUCGCGUCCUGUUUAGAGUACUUGGCUGUGGUCUCUAGAUUGUAAGAUAUGGGAUUAUCACGGGAUGAGGUGAUUUAGUAUCUCAUAAAUAUCUCUUA